AUGUCUCUUCCUAAGGAUUUCCUCUGGGGCUUUGCUACUGCGGCCUAUCAGAUUGAGGGUGCUAUCCACGCUGACGGCCGUGGUCCCUCUAUCUGGGAUACCUUCUGUAACAUCCCCGGCAAGAUCGCCGACGGCAGCUCUGGUGUCGUCGCCUGCGACUCUUACAACCGCACCAAGGAGGACAUUGACCUUCUCAAGUCUCUCGGCGCCACCGCUUACCGCUUCUCCAUCUCCUGGUCUCGUAUCAUCCCCGUCGGUGGCCGCAACGACCCCAUCAACCAGAAGGGCAUCGACCACUACGUCAAGUUCGUCGAUGACCUCCUCGAGGCCGGCAUUACUCCCUUCAUUACCCUCUUCCACUGGGAUCUCCCCGAUGGCCUCGACAAGCGCUACGGCGGCCUCCUGAACCGCGAGGAGUUCCCCCUUGACUUUGAAAACUACGCCCGCGUCAUGUUCAAGGCCAUCCCCAAGUGCAAGCACUGGAUCACCUUCAACGAGCCCUGGUGCAGCUCCAUCCUCGGCUACAACUCGGGCUACUUUGCCCCUGGCCACACCUCCGACCGUACCAAGUCGCCCGUUGGUGACAGCGCUCGUGAGCCCUGGAUCGUUGGCCACAACCUCCUCAUCGCCCACGGCCGUGCCGUCAAGGCCUACCGGGAGGACUUCAAGCCCACGCAGGGCGGUGAGAUCGGCAUCACCCUGAACGGUGACGCCACUCUCCCUUGGGAUCCCGAGGACCCCUUGGACGUCGAGGCGUGCGACCGCAAGAUCGAGUUCGCCAUCAGCUGGUUCGCGGACCCCAUCUACUUUGGCAAGUACCCUGACUCGAUGCGCAAGCAGCUCGGCGACCGGCUGCCCGAGUUCACGGCCGAGGAGGUGGCGCUCGUCAAGGGCUCCAACGACUUCUACGGCAUGAACCACUACACGGCCAACUACAUCAAGCACAAGAAGGGCGUCCCUCCCGAGGACGACUUCCUCGGCAACCUCGAGACGCUCUUCUACGACAAGAAGGGCAACUGCAUCGGGCCCGAGACGCAGUCCUUCUGGCUCCGGCCGCACGCGCAGGGCUUCCGCGAUCUGCUCAACUGGCUCAGCAAGCGCUACGGCUACCCCAAGAUCUAUGUGACCGAGAACGGCACCUCGCUCAAGGGCGAGAACGACAUGCCGCUCGAGCAGAUUGUCGAGGACGACUUCCGCGUCAAGUACUUCCACGAUUACGUCAACGCCAUGGCCAAGGCCCGCAGCGAGGACGGCGUCAACGUCCAGGGAUACCUGGCCUGGAGUCUGAUGGACAACUUUGAGUGGGCCGAGGGUUACGAGACGCGCUUCGGCGUCACCUAUGUCGACUACGAGAACGACCAGAAGAGGUACCCCAAGAAGAGCGCCAAGAGCUUGAAGCCGCUCUUUGACUCGUUGAUCAAGAAGGAUUAA